UGAAUAAAAAAGUUGAUCGGGUAGCUACUGUUUUUCUAAGAAGUGUCGUACUUGCUAUUUGGUAAUAUGGUGGCUGACAUUGAAAACGAGUACAAAAAAUUUCCAGAAUUGAAAAAGGAUGAAGUAUUAAAAUUGAUGGAUUGGUGCAAACGACAACCGCAUCUACCGAAUCUGACUGAGCUCGAAAUCAUCAUCUACUACCAUUCCUGCUACAACAGCUUUGCAACGACUAAAUCUUGCAUAGAUACCGCACUCACCAUACGUACUCAUUGCCCGGAUUUUUUUGCCAACCGUGAUGUUUUAGCUAAGGAUGUCGAAGCACAGAUGAACCGACUGCUAUUUACACCAUUGCCAGGAUUGACGCCAGAUGGUUACAAAGUGAUUUAUUCGAAGUUGAUGGAUUCAGAUCCAUCGAAUUUUGUGUUCGCUGAUGCAUUGAAAUUGUACACGAUGGUAUGCGAUUUGUGCAUAAUGGAUGAAGGAACAGCAAAUGGUCACAUAAUUGUAAUGGACAUGAAUGGCGUUGUCUUUGGCCAUUUGGCAAAGUUAGGGAUUUUGACGAUGAAGAAGUUCAUGUUCUAUCUGCAAGAGGGUAUGCCGGUACGAUUGAAUGGACUACAUUUCGUUAACACGGUCUCAUUUAUGGAUAAAGUAUUGGCGCUAAUGCGACCGUUUAUGAAAAGGGAAUUACUCGAUGUGUUGGAAUUGCAUUCGACAGUGGAGUCGUUGAGGAAACAUGUAUUUCCCGAACAGCUACCGAAUGAGUACGGUGGUAGAGCUGGGACAUUCGACGAACUUCGAGAGAAAACCUACAAUCACAUCAAAGAGAACCGGGACUUUUUCCUGCGGGAAGAGUCUGAGAGGCGUGUAAACGAAAAGUUGCGACCUGGCAAACCGAAAGGAGCUGGUGAUUUGUUUGGAACGGAAGGAAAUUUCAAAAAAUUGGAAUUCGAUUGAAUUUUUGUACCUGAAGAUCUUGAAGUAUUAAAUCACUGGCGUAAACAC